AAUAAAAUAAUAGUAAACAAUAACGAAUAACCUCAUCUCUAUUUCCAUUGUUUAAUAAUUGACGUACAUCGUACACGUAUUUUUUAAAUUAACUUGCAAUUGUUAAUUAAUAAAAAAUAAUUUCAAGUCGAUUAAAUAAAUUAUACUGAGUACUUAAUCGUAAGAAUUCAAUUCAAUCUUGAUAUCUUUACAAAAUGUCUCAUUCAAGAAACAACCAUGGUAAUAAUAGACGAAAUCGUAAUUACCACCAAAGCAACAAAAACAAAAUAAACUUCGGGGAUAAAGGCAAAGAAAUCCUGCAGGAAAUCGACGAAAAUAAUCCAGUAAUCAAACAAUUCCGUGAGUACGCUUCCGAACUCGAUGACAAACAUGACCGUUAUGAACGCAUUGUUAAAUUCAGCCGCGAUAUCACCAUCGAAAGCAAGCGCAUCAUAUUUUUGUUGCACACCAUCGACAAAGAGAGCAAAACAGAUGCGAUUCUGAGCGAGGCUAAGCUGCGUUUAGAAAAUUUGGCCAAAACUUUAUUCAAGAACAUCGCUAACGAGCUCAAAAAUCAGGACCCAUAUCAGUAUCUGCGAGCUUACACUGCGGGUCUUCAGGAGUACAUCGAAGCAAUAACAUUCUACACUUAUUUGAAAGACAAUUGUCUGCUAGACUGGACAGAGUUGGACAAAAAUUUCUGUUACGUCGACCAGAUACCUGAUGACAAUUCUGCUACUGCUUCUCCAGUUGUCUCUCCGUCCGAGUAUCGCACGCUGAUGACACCCAAUGAAUACAUACUGGGAGUCGCUGAUCUCACUGGCGAACUCAUGCGUAAGUGCAUAAAUACUCUGGCCUUCGGUGACAUCACGAGCUGCUACAAGACUUGCAAUUUGGUAAAGGAAAUUUAUAAAGGGUUUCUUGGCUGCGCGGGAAUUUCAGGCAAAGAAAUACGGCGAAAACUUUAUGUGCUGAAGCAAAGUCUGGUCAAGAUGGAAAACGUUUGUUACACGAUCAAAGUACGAGGCUCUGAGAUGCCGAAGCACAUGCUUGCGGAUGUUGCUAUUGCCACUGUUGAAAGCUAUCCGCCUGAUGAUGAUGAAGGCUACCAGCCUUAUUAAGUAAUUUACUGUAAUAUUUAAAAAAUUAUUUAGUUGUCACUUAAUCUAGGAUAUUUACAUCUCGGUCUUUGAAAAGUAUCGAAGUUACAAUUUUACUGAUGAACACAAGUACUUUAUCACUAGGAAAAGAUAAAAAAUACCGUAGGUGUAGAUUGGGGUGAUUCAAAAAAUAAUAAAAUUUUUUUUUUUUUUUUUCGCUAACAGGUUCAAAAGUUUCGUUUAGAUAAAAAAAGACGCCUGUAAAAUUAGAGCUCUUAAUAUGAACAUUAAGAGGUUCCGCAUUGCACUUUUCUAUUUUCUAUAAGAAUAACAUGGAAAAAAUUUUUUUUGUCUUCUGAUUUUUAUAAGUAGCUAACGAUGCGUCGUAGGAAUAAUUGGCAGGCAUAUUUUUGUAGGUAAUUGGAUGCCCUACAAAAAAAGUUUCUUAUCAUUUUUUGAUAAAUCUAUUUGUUCAAAAGUUAUUUGAGGUUUAAGUUGAAUUUAUAAUAAAUUUUGAGAUCUUUUUACUUUUCCGGCGAAACUAUCAGACUUAUCACAAAAUAUCAUGGGACCUUUUUUGUAGACAAUUUUAUUCCCUAGAAGUUAUUCUAAUAAAGUUUUUUCGAAUUCCGCAUUGUUUUCUAGUUAUUUUUAUUUUUAUGUCAAGAUCUUAAAAUCGAUCAGAAAACUAUUUCUUUUAUGAGCUUGACAUUAAAAUAAAAAUAACUAGAAAACAAUGCGGAAUUCGAAAAAACUUUAUUAGAAUAACUUCUAGGGAAUAAAAUUGUCUACAAAAAAGGUCCCAUGAUAUUUUGUGAUAAGUCUGCUAGUUUAGCCGGAAAAGUAAAAAGAUCUCAAAAUUUAAUAUGAAUUCGACUUCAACCUCAAAUAACUUUUGAACAAAGAGAUUUAUCAAAAAAUGAUAAGAAACUUUUUUUGUAGAGCAUUCAAUUACCUACAAAAAUAUCCCUGCCAAUUAUUCUUAUGACGCAUCGUUAGCUACUUAUAAAAAUCAGAAGACAAAAAAAAUUUUUUCCAUGUUAUUCUUAUGGAAAAUAGAAAAGUCCACUGCGGAACCUCUUAAUGUUAAUAUUAAGAGCUCUAAUUUCACGGGCGUCUUUUUUUAUCUAAACGAAACUUUUGAACCUGUCUGCGAAAAAAAAAAAAAAUUUUAUUAUUUUUUGAAUCACCCUAGUGUAGAUUUAGGUGAUGAAAAAUAGAUCCAGGAUCUUAUUAUUUAAAUAUAUUUUUUCAACUUACUACACUUAUGCAGACUUAGUUCCCUGAUCUGAUACUAGGUCUCGUACCUUAAAUGAAAAUUUUCUAAAGACUAGAAAAAAUUUACUGAAGCAAGAAAUUGAUUGUCGCCUUAAGGGAGAAAGAGGUCUGAUACAAAAAAAAAAAAAAAAAAAAAAAAAAAAGAGGAUAUUGUGAUUUUUUUUUUCAGAGAAGCUUCUUUAUUAAAAUUUUUAAAAUUUGUGACAUGGUUAAGCAUCACUCCAAGAAUAUUCUGUGAAAUUUUCAUAAAAAAAUAUUGAAAAAUAAGCCAGUGGUAGUGGGGAGAGACGAGUCAAAAAAAGUCUAUGCCGAAGGCAGGAUAACUCAUGACUGCAUCUGAAAUAAAAAAACCAAAAAGAUUCUUUUAGUACAUAAGUUUGAUGGAUUUGAACGAAGAAAUAAACAAAAUAUUCAUUUUUGAAUUUUUGGUAAAGCUGCAAUAAAAAAACUCUGAUUUUUCCCAAAAAUUCCUCUUUUUGUUUAAUUAAAAAAUAAGUAGUUAUUGAAAAAAAAAUCCUUCGUUCAAAUCUAAGAUAAACUUAUGUACUAAAGAAAUCUUUUUGGUUUUUUUAUUUCAGAUGCAGUCAUGAAUUAUCCUGCCUACGGCAUGGAGACUUUUUUGACCCAUCUCUCCCCACUACCACUGGCUUAUUUUUUAAUAUUUUUUUAUGAAAAUUUCACAGAAUAUUCUUGGAGUGAUGCUUAACCAUGUCACAAAUUUUAAAAAUUUUAAUAGAGAAGCUGCUCUGAAAAAAAAAAUCACAAAAAUCUUUUUUUUGUAUCUGAACCCCUUUUUCCCAAAAAAAACUUUUUCCAUAGUGAUAUUAUUCGAUAAACAUAUUAAAGAGCGAGUUGUAAUUUAAGUAGACUUUAAGACUUAGUUCAUUCAAAAUAUUAAAUACUUAUCUUUUUUCCACAAUAUACAUUCAUAACAAUACUAUAAUUACAGUCUAAAUAAUAAAGUAAUUAAAACGUAUUAUAAUUUUGUAAUAAAAUUUAAUAAACAUACAAAAAUAUUGGUAUUUAUUUAAAAUAUUUAUAUACUUUUCACAAAGGUACCCAAGUAAUUUAUAGAUCUACCAAUCACUGUCAUCAUCAAACUCAUUUUCAUCUUCCGAGCUGUCUAAAUCUGAUGGUCCAUAUUCAGAUUCAUCGACAGAUUCCUCGAACGAUGAUUCACCUGAAUCUUU